CUCCAAAACACAAACACAAAAAAUUGAAAAAACUAUAUAAUAAAUUAUUCAUAAUAAGCGAGGACGAUGAAUUAUUUAGAUAUCCACGACAAAAUCAGCUAAAAAGCUACGUCCUGCUGCGUCAUUUUCUUCCCCUCUAUUUUUCAGCAACGAAAGGAAAAAAAAAAAAAGAAGAGAUCAGAGACAGAGACAGAGAGAGAGAGUGGAAAUUCCAUCGCUGUGAGGACCGUACGCGUAAGGCUGGGAAUGGAUGAAGAAGAAGGCAGAGACUGCAUUUAUUUUUCAAUGAAGAUUGGUCCGAAUCCGUGAGAUUCACGCAAAUCCGGUUUCCCAGAUCGACUUCCUCUGCAUUGAUUUGUUUUCUCUUUUUUCGACUCAUUUCUCUGUCAAUUUUUUGGAAUAUUUAUAAAUGAACGUCGGCGGGGAGGGGCUCUUGGCUCCGGCGAGGUCGGCGGCGGAUUUAUCGCCGCUGGAGUGGAAGUUUUCGCAGGUCUUCGGAGAAAGGACCGCCGGAGAAGAAGUUCAGGAAGUUGAUAUAAUAUCCGCUAUUGAAUUCGAUAGAACUGGGGACCACCUUGCCACUGGAGAUCGUGGAGGUCGGGUGGUAUUGUUUGAAAGAACUGAUACGAAAGAUCAUGGUGGACAUCGGAGAGAUCUAGAGAGGAUGGAUUAUUCAAUCAGUAGGCAUCCCGAGUUUCGCUAUAAAACUGAGUUCCAGAGUCAUGAACCUGAGUUUGACUAUCUUAAGAGCUUGGAAAUUGAGGAAAAAAUCAACAAGAUCAGAUGGUGUCAGACAGCUAAUGGUGCGCUGUUUCUUCUCUCCACUAAUGACAAAACCAUCAAAUUCUGGAAGAUCCAAGAAAAGAAGGUAAAGAAAGUAUGUGAGAUGAAUGUAGAUGCUUCUAAAUCUGUGGAAAAUGGGGCAGUUGGUUCUCUGUCAGCAAGCUCCAAACCGUCUCUUGCAAAUGGAGUAUGUAAAGAGAGACCCAUCAGUUCUCCAAGCAAUGACAAUUCGAUUCCAUCUGGGGGUUUGCCAUCUCUGCACUUGCCCGUGGUAGUGACCAGUCAUGAGACGAGCCUUAUGGCCAGAUGUCGAAGAGUCUACGCCCAUGCCCAUGACUAUCAUAUUAAUUCCAUUUCAAAUAACAGCGAUGGAGAAACUUUUAUAUCAGCUGAUGACUUGCGAAUUAAUCUUUGGAACUUAGAGAUUAGCAAUCAAAGUUUUAAUAUUGUUGACGUGAAGCCUACAAACAUGGAGGAUCUAACUGAGGUGAUAACUUCAGCAGAAUUUCAUCCUACUCAUUGUAACAUGCUGGCGUACAGUAGCUCAAGGGGCUCAAUUCGUCUUAUUGAUUUGCGGCAGUCAGCUUUAUGUGACACUCACAGCAAAUUGUUUGAAGAACGAGAAGUGCCUGGUUCAAGAUCUUUUUUCACUGAGAUAAUAGCCUCAAUUUCAGAUAUUAAGUUUGCUAAGAAUGGAAGACAAGUACUUAGUCGUGAUUACAUGACUCUUAAGCUGUGGGACAUAAACAUGGAUUCUGGCCCAGUUGCAACUUUCCAGGUUCAUGAAUAUCUAAGACCUAAGCUGUGCGAUUUGUAUGAAAAUGAUUCUAUCUUCGAUAAAUUUGAGUGCUGUUUAAGUGGAGAUGGGCAUCGAGUGGCAACAGGUUCUUACAGCAAUCAGUUUCGAGUGUUUGGUUGUUCUGAAGGGAGCACAGAAGCGACGACAUUGGAGGCCAGCAAAAACCCCAUGAGGAGACAAGUGCAAACGCCAUCAAGGCCUUCUAGAUCUUUGGGCAACCUUCCUCGUGUUCUCAGGCGAGGUGCGGAUAACUCUGGAGCUGAUGCGAACGGAAAUUCUUUUGAUUUCACGACGAAGUUGCUACAUCUUGCAUGGCAUCCUACUGAGAAUUCACUCGCCUGUGCUGCUUCAAAUAGCCUUUACAUGUAUUAUGCGUAAAGAUGGUAUCAGAAGUUGUAUGUUUUGGCAGGCAAAGCUUCUCUCGUUACUAUUGACUAAAGGCUGCUCUGCCUUCUUCCCCGGCUAGUGAUGUGAAGCUGCACCCUUAAUCAGAAACUCUGCAAUCCAUUACCUAACUGCGCAACAUCAGGAAACAUUUUUUAGCUGAUGUCAAAGUUUUCAAGGAGAAAUUAGUCUCUCUCCCUCCCGUUGAUGCGGAAAAUUGAUGUUUAUGCUAUACCAUAAGGAGAAUGCCAUUGUCCUAAUUGUGUCUUGUUAAUUGAAGAGAUGUGAUAUUAGCUCAUCUGCCUACGGAAAGAAUACCCGGUCGAUAUUUGCUGCCACAGUAGACACCAAUCGGGCCCUACCCUGAAGCUGGGAGAAGCUCUAGUGGUGCAUCUACUCUGAUUGAUACCUCGGGGCCUUCAACCUUUGUAUUAUUUGAAUUAAAGUUAAAAGGGUUGGUGAAAUUUUAUCACUGUUUUUAUUCUAACCAUUCUUUCCCCUCUUUCAGAAUCUGCUGAUUUUCUUUGAUCUUUAGCAAAAAAGUAUUGGUUCCUUUGGAUUGAAGGCCCCAUGCAAGACAUAUUCUUUCAACAGUUUCACUGGGAACCAAGAUUUGUGGGUCUUAAUUCGUCUGGUUUUCUGGUGUUUUAUUCUUUAGGUAAUGUUUUUUAUGUAGGCAACUGAUCAUCUUCUAUAUAAAUCAGAGGGUCAUAAAAGUGGAAGCCUGAGACUUGUUUUGUUGAUCAUCUGCUCUGCCCUUCUGCUUAGACUCUGCUGACAUUAGUGUUGCCCUUGGGGCUAGAAACUGUAAAAACUCAACUUCUCUUAUUUAUAACCCACUGUUUUAUGAAAUAUAUGGUAAACCAAUACCGAUGAAACCCUUGUGAAGU